CAUACAGUUUACUUUCUUCUCUAUUUCUUACUCUUUGACAUAACACUUAUGAGUGCAGUUUGUUUACUAAAAAUUUGCAAAAGAUUAACGGAGUAAUUAUUAUUUAAUAUAUUAUGGCUGGAGAAGUGAUUGUCGAUGCCUUGCCGUACAUCGAUCAGGGAUAUGAUGAGCCGGGCGUGCGGGAAGCGGCAUUGGCGAUGGUGGAGGAGGAGACACGACGUUACAGGCCGACGAAAAAUUAUCUAGAGCACCUACAGCCUCUCUGCAUAUCUGCCUUUGAGACAGAGGUGAUGAAGCACGAAUUCGAGAGGAUGCAGAAUCGUUUGCCAAUGGAAGUGCUCAGUAUGAAUCGUUACGAGCUGCCACCACCUUCGUCUGGCAAAAUGAAUGACUUAGCUGCGUGGAACGAGAGUGUGGAGAACAGUAGCGCACAAUUAGAGCAUCAAGCUACUAGAAUCUGUAAUUUGGAGCUGAUGAUGGAUUACGGUUGCGAGGCAUGGAAGUCUUAUUUGGAAGUGCUGGUUCAGCUACUAAGUCAGGCUCAGAAGCAGCUGCAGACGCUGAGAAAGAAAAUUCAGGAGAUCAACUGGCAACGGAAAUCGAUGCAGACUCAGGGAGGCGACAAACUGCGGGCACUCGAAGCACAGUGGGUCGGUCUGGUAUCCAAAAAUUACGAGAUCGAGCAGGCUUGCGUGCACCUGGAGGAGGAGAUGCAGAAGAUUAUGAUAAACAAGGAAGCUGUAGAAAUUAAUGAUGUACCAGCGGAGGAAGAGUCUGACGUGCCGGAGAACAGUGCCACAGAAACCAUGGCGUUACAGAUGCAGCAGCAAGAGAAUCAGGACAAUCACUUAGUGUAACAUAAAUUAUAUAUAAACAAAAAUAAUUUAUACACAGAUAUAUCGAUGGAAAAGUAAAUUUUGGGAAGAAACAAUUUUUCCCAAUUUCUUUUAAGAUAAUGUGAUCUUUAUUAUCUCUGUUGACGGUUUUAAAAUGAUUUCUUUCACAUUUAAAACUCUAAUAAGUAAUUUAUCAAUAAAAUCCGUUGUUAUUAUCACAAUUGUAUUUUUUCAUAUUUAAAAAAAAAAUGAAAAAAGCCGAGUUUUUUCCUCGAUUUUACUUUUCUGAAAAAUAAUGAUAAAUUCGUACUCACCAAAUAUUCGUGAACGCAUUGUGAGGGAAUUGUCUAUAAUAAAGCACAGUUUAUUUCAUUAUAGUUUACACGUAUCACACUUGUUGUUUAUGCUUUUACAAUAUACAUAUGUACACGAUUAUCGAUAACGCGAUACACUACUAAUUAAUUAUUUGUAAUUUACGACGUGCUGAAGGAUCUGUUUUUAUAUAGGCUCGUGUAUCGACACAUUGCACACAUUGCGUAGGCCUAGCUGAAUUGUUUCUUUUUUUUUUUUUUUUUGUUAUUCUCGUUAGGACAGCAGCAAUAUACUGUGAUAUAAUUACAAAGCGAAUAGCCAAGCGCCUUUUUACUUUCAACUAUUCGGUGUAAAAAAAUACGUGUGUGACUCGAUCUCCAUUUUUGCAUUAUGCAAUUGUGUUUCUUUGCGACGACAGGAUAGACGUUAAAAAUAAUUAUUGGAUUACUUGCACCAUACGUCAUUUUUGCCAUUUAAUCACCCGACUGUCAUAAGGAUGUUUCGCUGGCGCCAGAACUCUGAGACUGCAGUGCCAUGCUUCCCUUGUAGCCCAUCGAUUCCUCCUCUAGUAGAGCUAUUCGCUGUUUCAGUGUUUUCACCUGUAAGCGAUAGAAAAUUAAUUUAAGAGAGAGAAAUAACACAUCUCUACAACAUACAUGAUGUAUAUAUACAUUCAAUGCGAUCUUUACUAAUAUAAAUUACAGUUUUAACCCUGGAGUCA